AUGGAGCUAGGACAGGGAGGUCGGGGACCAGGUCUUGAGGAUCACCUCAGGAAUUUGAUCCUCACCAACUCCAACGACCCAGUACCCCAAGUGGAAAACGCCCCGACUGGUUCAUCCCCGCCACAAACCCGUAAACGUCUCAACCAGGCCCAACGUCGUCAGAUAUUCCUAGAGGGUUUGCGCCUCAACCAGGACCUCCGGCCGGGCAUCAACCUGGACCACAAUUUGGACACCAAGUUGAACACCAAGCUGGCCGUCAGCCUGGACCGUAUGGAAAUGGAGGCCGAUACAGGAAUCAAAGACCCCAGACAGGACCACAACCAGCAGGUUAUCACCACCAGCAGACCGGCCCUAGAGCUCACCAGCCAAACCCGCCUCAUACGGGUAACCAAGUUCCAGUACAGCCUCAGGGACACCCCCAACCCAGGCAUCACCCUUCUCGCUCUUACCAUGGCCCAGGGCCCCAGCACUUGGACCGUCCGGCCGGAACAGCUCAAGGCGCAAACAGAGUUGCUCGAGGGUCUAUGUGCGACCAUUAUCGCAAACGCCCAGAUCGAAUAUGACGAUAUUGUUAAGAACGAGACCUUUCGCCAAAACAUUGAGAAACUUGCCCAGGCUGUCAUCACCCAGUACGAACAAUCAGAGAACGGCUUCUACGACUUCCCUCCACAAAGUGUCCAGCUUCGGUGCUUCGGCAGUCUUGCCUCUGGUUUUGCUACCAAGGCUGCAGAUAUGGACCUGGGUCUCUUGUCUCCUCUCUCAAAGCUGCAGCCAGAUGCACCAGGCUCUCCGAUUCCUCGACUGAUCGAAAAGGCGUUUCUCCAAGUCGGACUUGCCGCUCGCUUGCUUUCAAAGACCAGGGUGCCCAUUAUCAAAGUUUGUGAGAAGCCGCCAAAGAGCUUGUAUGACGAUUUGGUAGAGGAGCACCUGAAGCAGGAGAAGGGUAUGUCAGAUAACGGUGACGAAGAGGAAAACGACGAACUGGAUCAAAAUGUAGCCGAAGAUGUCGGCCAUGAGGCUGAUGAACUGGCAAGCGGUCAUGCGUCUGCAACGGAUAAGAAGAAGCAGAGAGCUCAGCAAACGCAAGGAAACCAUGCACAAGAUCAACAAAAGAAAGAGCACCAUGGCGAAGACGGCCAAGAAGACGGCCAGAGCACCGACAAGAAAGGCCAUAAGCACUAUCAACACGCCAACCAAACCCUCAACGCCUAUUACGGAACCACAAAAGGUUAUCUGAGGAGUGUUGGCGGACGGGAUCUAACCAGCUCAACGAUCAACAACUUCUCCCCGGCCGACUUCCAAAAGCUAAACGAAGUCUGCCUCACAUUCGUAGAGGGGCUCGAGGACCGCCAGCUGCGCGACCGUCUGUUCAACUACAAGUCCCUGGAUCGCUACGACCUCGAGUAUCGAGCCGACCAGCCCCGUACCCUCCAGGGCGUGUACACGCAGGUCGAGGGCGAGCAGAUGGUCAUGGUGUGGGAGUCUCGCCAGAUCAAAGAAAAGGAUUCGGACAAGGAAGCGCGGGGCCAGACGUGCGUGGACAGAUGGAAGAUCCUGCAAGACCAUCCCAACUACGGCGCCGAUCCUUUGCAAUACGACAGGGACCUGAAGCGGGCGGCUGAUCAACUGCGGAUGCUCCCUUCUAUCCAGGCAAUGUUGUUGUCGCAGGGGCAGUACGAGUCAACGGCGCAGUAUUGCGCCAGGGCGGAGAAGUUGCUCGUUGACUUGGUCGGGGAUGGCACGGCUGAUGAUUGGACAGAGGCGGGCGCCCUCAUCUCCCAGAAAUACAUCCAAGGUAUCAGGAGCGAGGCCAUACGGGAAGCAGUCAAGGAAUUCGCGGACAGUUCCGGAUAUUCCGAUCUCCACGCCAUCGGAAAGCGACACCUGAGUUAUCAGCUUGCCCAUGACCUGGAGGCAUGUCUCGGGAAGAAAUUCUACCCCAAGGAGACGGAAGACAAACUCGAGCUCCUACAUCGCUUUCCUCCGGGGGCCUAUCGCUUCCCAGCCCAGCCUCAAAUGACUGGGCCAGCACCUCCACCCGCCCCUCCCGCUCCUACGACCGAGCAACAACCCAAGGCAGAAGUAGAGCUCAAAGAAGUCCGCUACCGCUACCUUUUCGCCAUCGAAGACCCCUUCGAGCUCGACCACAACGUCGCCCGCACGGUUACGCACAGCGGCAUCGUCGCCAUUCGGGAUGAGUUCAGGAGGGCUUGGAGGAUUAUCAGGAGCACUGGGAGGGUGCAGCAGCAGGGACACCACGGAUAUCAAGGAUACCAGGCACAAGGACAACAGAUUGCAGGAGGAGGUGGCGAGGUGCCUGAAGAGGAACACUUACUGGAGGAUGUGUCAGAGGCUAUGAAGAAGAAGCAGAGGGAGGAGUUUGAUGACGUGUUGGAUGGGUUGCAUGGGAGGGUUUGGAGGCGUGAUGAUGCAAUUGCUGCCUCAACUGGGAGCAAUGGUGAAGCUGGUGAAGCUGGUGAAGCUGGUGCUGCUUGA